GUUGCCGGCGCCGCGCGCCCUCGGGCCAGGCCCGCAGCCAUGUCGUCGGGGGACGCGGGGUCCGGGGGGCGGGAGGGGGCCCCGCGCACGGCUGCCGCGCUCUGCGGCCUGUACCACGAGGCCGGGCAGCGGCUGAGGCGCCUGCAGGACCAGCUGGCCGCCCGAGACGCCCUCAUAGCGCGCCUCCGCGCCCGUCUGGCCGCGCUCGAGGGGGACGCGGCGCCGUCGCUCGUGGACGCGCUGCUGGAGCAGGUGGCGCGCUUCCGGGAGCAGCUCCGGCAGCGGGAAGGCAGCGCCGCGGAGGCCGCGCUGCGCCAGGAAAUCGAGCGACUUUCUGAGCAACUAGAAGAAAAAGAGAGGGAGACACAGCAGCUGAUGAACCAGCCAGAGUGUGAGCGAGAGAGGGAAGUGGCCCUGCUGAGGAGAAGCGUGGAGGAGAAGGAACGGGCCCGGGCCGCCAGCGACAUUCUGUGCCGCUCCUUGGCGGAUGAGACCCAUCAGCUGCGAAGAACUCUGGCUGCUACUGCCCACAUGUGCCAGCAUCUGGCCAAGUGUCUGGAUGAACGCCAGCGCGCACAGGGGGACGCGGGAGAGAGGAGCCCUGAGCAGCCGAAGUGUGCAGGUGGGGAUGCCUCUGUCCACGCUGUUGUUGAGAAGUUACGGGAAGAAAAUCGACUGUUAAAGCAGAAAGUGACUCACGUGGAAGACCUCAAUGCCAAGUGGCAGCGCUACGACGCCAGCAGGGACGAGUACGUGAGGGGCCUCCAUGCGCAGCUGCAGGGGCUGCAGGCCCCCCACGAGCCUGAGACACCCUCUCCGCCCGAGCUGAUGAGGAAGGAGAUCUCCCGGCUCAACAGACAGUUGGAGGAGAAAAUAAACGACUGUGCAGAAGUGAAGCAGGAGCUGGCGGCCGCGAGGCGGGUGCGGGAUGCUGCGCUGGAGCGCGUGCAGAUGCUGGAGCAGCAGAUUCUCGCGUACAAGGAUGACUUCACAUCAGAGAGGGCCGAUCGGGAGCGGGCUCAAAGCAGGAUUGAGGAGCUGGAGGAACAGCUGGCCUCCCUGCAGCCCCGGGCGUCCUGGAGGCAGGACUCUCGAGAGACAGGCUCCUGCUGGAUUCACGCCGGGAGCAAAACGCCCAGGCGCUUAGACGCCGGUGCUUCGGAGCUGGCAGCACCUGGUGGCCGGAGGCCUGGGACAGGGUCCCAGCGGCGGGGACUCCCUGCGGAGCACGGGCACCCCGGAGCGAACCAGAGAGGCCAGGGGGACCUCCAGUGCCCUCACUGCCUGCAGUGCUUCAGCGAUGAGCAGGGCGACGAGCUCUUCAGGCACGUGGCCGAGUGCUGCCAGUGAGGACCCCAGAACAGGCCGGAGGUGCUUUGGAGCCUUCACCUCGGCCCUCCUCGGCCAGAGGGAACUUCCGGUGGGGCUGGAGGCAGAGGGGAGGGUGUGAGCGUGUGUGCCUGGGAAGGCCCAGCUUCGCUUCUGAUGUGGGGCUCGGUCUCCCAAGCCAUCAGGCCAAGACCGUGACAGUCUGUGCAGGAACGCCCACAGGCCAGCACGCCAGCCCUGCCCAGCUGUGCCUGGGGGUGCUGCAGCUUGCUGGGAAGAGGUGGGCUGCCGUGGGGCCACGUGUGUGGUCCCCAGGGUGGAAGCCCCGCCCCCACCAGGAGGCGUGUGUAGCCCAGCACCGUGACGGCACGUCGGCCACCGCAGAGCCCUGUGUCUGCACUGAAAGACAUUGCAUUGCAGUGUUUGUUGUGUAUCCGGAAGAUACAACUCAUUUAUUUCACAUUUACUUAUUUUUAUAAUAAACGUACUUGCUACAGUG